AACAGAAUUCUGCAGUACAGUGCAACAAAGACAUCAAGAUUUUCCUCGAUCUUCUUUCGUUUUUGAAGAUUCCUUCUUUCCGACAGCAUGUAUCAAGCAACGAGCCUGUUGGUUGUUGUAGCCUGCGUGUUCGCAGUCAUCCAAGUCUCUCUAACGCAACAAAGAUGCAAUAUUCCUGUUAACCCAACGGGAAUGCAGAAUGUGGACGUUCCCAGAGUAAAUGGUAUUUGGUACGAGUAUGGUGUAUCGUUCGAUCAAGUCGGCUGGAAUAUCAUGAAGAAUGGCACCAUUCGAGGGGUCUGGCCUGGUGAAAUUGGCCAACAGAAGUACGCUGCAACCUGGUGGAUUAACUUCUACCAACCGGUUGACCCUGGGCGAAACACAUCUAACGAUGCAAUGAAAUGUGCUGCACUAUGGCAUCAUGGCAAUAUGACAUCACAAGGGAAACGUUAUGCCGUGUCGGUGUACUUUGACUCCACAUCUGCAUUGGCAAAUAUUACCACAACGAUUCUCUACACCGACUACGACACCGUGGAAAUCGUAGCGGGAUGCGAUGACUAUCCCGUGCCAGCAGACAACAUUUGCCGGCAGCCAUUGUUCUGGGUGUUUACCAGGGUGAAAUCUCCUCUACUCACACCGACUCAACGGCAAUUUGUCAAUAGUGCCAUUGAGCGAUAUUUAGCACCAUUUUGUCUUACAAUGAGAGAUAUACGUUUUUCUGGUUUUGAUGUCAAUAUGCGGAAUCUGCCGUCGUGUAAUAUCGCGCAAGGAACACCAGGACCGUUUCCCAGACAUUUUCAGGUCACCAUGCCCAAUCCGGUGAAUAGAAAUCCGCUUUGACGAAAAGCAUAAUAAACGAUGCAUAUGAAGUGUACAGUAAUGUUGAACCUACACUCGCUGUUAUCUUUUGACUGUUU